UCGAUGUUUUGUAAAAAGUCUUGAAAUAAUACAAAACAUGUUGCUUUUAUAUACUCCCAUUGAUAAGUAUGACGCAUUUUGUGGUUUAAGAGACGUCGGAGAUUAAAGUAUAACUCAAAUCGAUUUAGUUUUUAUAUGUCCUAACAAGAAACCAGUCGACGAGUGGUAAACGUUCGUGAAUGAUGGGUGUUCGUCAAAUUAACAAAACAAACAGCAUCAUUGUCUGCUGUUAUAUUUUUUUGUUAACAAUCGGAAUAUCGUAUUCAUCAAACUUAUCAUUGUCAUCUCAAACGUUUCAAAGUCAAUCGUCAUCAAAUCAUCGUUUGCCAUUAUUAUCCUUAUGUUGCAAAUGGAACUAUAGUUUGAUAAAUAAAACAUGUGUAUUAAUAAACGAGUCUCCCAAAUUUCCACCCGUUUACGAUGCAAAUAGUUUCAAAUUAAUCGAUUUAAAAGUAGAUCAUAAUAAUUUUCAUUUUAUAUUUGAUAAUCCUUGCGAAGUUGAUAAAAGAUGUCUCGUUGAAGAACAAUUUAAAAUGUUGAACAAUGGUUCGAUUUAUAUUGAAAAUCAACCGAUAAUUAAUCAAGAUCAAUAUUGUCUCGUUAAUUUAAACAAUAGUGUAUACGAUGUGAUACAAUGCUGUGAAUUUUCUGAUGACGUUGAAAUUGAAAAGGAUAAUUUAAAACUUAAUACUGUUCUUAUUAUUGGAUUAAUAAUAUCAUUACCGUGUUAUUUAAUAACAUUUAGUAUUUAUUCAAUAAUACCGGAAUUAAAUAAUUUGCACGGUUGUACUUUACGUUCUUACGUUUGUUCACUUUUCUUUUCUUAUUUAUUUCUUGUGAUAAUACAGAUAUCUGACAAAGACAUUAACCAAACUGCGUGUUACAUUUUUGCUUUCUGCAUGUAUUUCUUCUUUCUGGCAAGUUUUUACUGGUUGAAUGUCAUGUGUUUUGACAUUUGGUGGACAUUUGGUGGUUUCCGAGCAUUAAGGGGUAGUAUGAAACAAAGGGAUCGAAAAAAAUUUAUAAUAUAUUCUAUGUAUGCAUGGGGAAUUGCAUCAUUUUUCACAAGCAUAUGUUUAAUUAUGGAUUAUGCUCCUAACAUACCAGAAAGUACAAUUCGACCUCAACUUGGAGAGAGUAGAUGUUGGUUUACGACUAAUAGUGCGACAAAUAUUUAUUUUACUUUUCCUAUGACAAUAUCAAUUGUCUGCAAUUUAUGUCUAUUUAUCUCAACCGCUUUAAAAAUUCGACAACACACUAAAGAUACGGCCCAUCAUUUAAGAGGUAGCGAAAGUAGACGCCAUGACGAUAAUAAACAAUGGUUCAAUCUGUAUAUGAAGUUAUUCAUCGUGAUGGGUAUCACCUGGACAACGGAAAUCAUAUCCACGUUAUGGGAAGGAUCAGGUGAUUAUAUUUGGUAUAUAUCAGAUGUUAUUAAUACUUUACAGGGUUUGAUCAUUUUCAUAACGCUUGUUUGCAAAGAAAAAAUUAAGCGUUUAUUACUUAAAAGAUUUGGAUGUAGUGAAAGUAAUGUUUUUUCAAGAAGCCUUACUCGUAGUGUUUAUAAUAGUUCAGCGUCUCGUACUACUUGUACAACAACUACGGGUUUACCCCUUCAAGAAAAAAUUGAUGCAAAUAUUCGACGAGAAGCAUUUCGUUUGAGUAAAGAAAGUGCUGAAGAUAGCGAUUGUCCUUAAUUAAUUCAUACACAAUGAUGAACAUAAUACGUUCGUUAAUAAGAACGUAUGAUUAUACAGAUGAUUCAUCCAUCUAUUCUGCAAGAAAAAAAAAAAUGACCUCAAACAUGUGCUUUCAAAUUUUUAAAUUGAAAAAGAAGUUAUACUUUCCUUUUCUUUUUUUUUUUUUUUUUUUUUUUUUAAAUCAUACAACACAUUAUUCACACGGACUUAUUAUCUUUUAAUUCUAUUAUUUAUUUUGUUCAUAAUACCAUUAAUUUAUUAUAAAUAACUGAUAUAUCCUGAGAUUAUAAUGAAGGAUAUAUGACUUGCGAAGAUAUUAACUUCUAUAUUAAAAAAAGAAGUGAAUAAUAUUAUUAGAAUAUACGUUUCAAACAAACAACAACUUUUUAAAUAUUAAAUAAUAAACAAGUUAUGCAAGAGAUAUAAUGAUUGAUGUAUUAUCGCUUUUAUCAAACUUAAUAGCAAAGACACACGUUGUACUUAUAUUUGGAUCUCAUUUAGAUUUCGUAUGCUUAGAUAACAAUUUGUGUAUGAAGUAUAUUAUUCAUUAUUAUAUAUACUUCGAAUCUCUCUAUAAAUUAAUUAUUAUUAAAUAAAUGUGAGA